AUGGUUAUCAAGGAUAGUGAGUUCGAGGAUGCGUUCGGCUACGCGCUGCUCCGUCGAGAGAUGGGCAGCGUUUGGGACACGGCAAAGGACGAACGGAUGGUAAACGGUACCAUGGAUCCGGAGCUGAUCCAACGAGCCAAAGAGCGCGCCAUACGAGCGGAACUCAACUCAGCCGAUGGGGACACGUGCGAGACGCACGAUCAAUUCUACCGCGAUCACAAACUACUGCUGGUGUUGUUCCGCGGACUAGCUGUCAUGCCGAUAACCCGCUCCGUUCCUGGCCGCAUCACGUUCAGCUGGCGCUCAGCAGCGUCUCUGUACGCGUUCUGCUUCUACAUCGUGUCCACCGUGAUCGUGAUGGUGGUUGGGUACGAGCGCAUCAAGGUGUUCCGAACCACGGCCAAGUUCGACGAGUAUAUCUACGGUAUCCUGUUUGUCAUCUUCCUGGUGCCGCACUUCUGGAUCCCGUUCGUGGGCUGGGGCGUAGCCAAACAGGUCGCCAUCUACAAGACGAUGUGGGGUGCGUUCCAGGUGCGGUAUUACCGUGUCACAGGCACAUCCUUGCAGUUCCCGCACCUGAAGGUGUUGAUCGUGUUCCUCUCGAUCGGGUGUCUCGUGUGUGCGAUCGUGUUCCUGCUGUCACUCAGCUUCCUACUCGAAGGGUUCGCCCUGUGGCACACGUCCGCGUACUAUCACAUCAUCACGAUGCUCAACAUGAACAGUGCGCUUUGGUACAUCAACAGCCGUGGGAUUCGGGUGGCGUCAUCCAGCUUGUCGCGCUGCUUCCGGCAGGAUGUGGCCAUCGAGUGUACGGCGGCGAUGAUUUCACGCUACCGGUUCCUAUGGCUCAACCUGAGCGAACUACUGCAGGCGCUUGGGAACGCGUACGCGCGGACCUACUCGACCUACUGUCUGUUCAUGUUCGUCAACAUCACCGUCGCCAUCUACGGUGCACUGUCGGAGAUCAUCGACCAUGGGUUUGGCUUUUCGUUCAAGGAGAUCGGUCUGAUCGUCGACACUGUGUACUGCUCCACGUUGCUGUUCAUCUUUUGCGAUUGUUCACACAACGCCACGCUGCAGGUAGCUCAGGGUGUCCAGGAUACACUGCUCGGUAUCAAUCUGCUGAAGGUGGACCAACCGACGCAGAAGGAGAUCGACCUGUUUAUACAGGCGAUCGAGAUGAAUCCUGCGAUCGUCAGUUUGAAGGGAUACGCCGAAGUCAAUCGGGAGUUGCUCACCUCGAGCAUUGCUACGAUCGCCAUCUACCUGAUCGUGUUGCUGCAGUUCAAGCUGUCGCUCAUCUCGCAACAGAUUCCCGCAGAGAUUAUUGAAAACGUGAAGCUGCUUAAGACGCAAGCAUAA